UGUGUGUGUGUGUGUGUUUGGAUGGGCGGAUGUCGUGAUGAAUACAGCCAAUAGACAGUAACAGGGUACAGCCCCUGAGAGGUAAUGAGGUCGCUUCCUGAACAUUAAAAAACGAAAGUCAUAGAGAGAAACAAGUGCACAUGGUAACGGAGACAGACGGAAAAGCAACGCAGAAACAGCACAGGCAGCAUGACCCAGUGGAAGCAGAUUCAGCAGCUGGAGAACAGACUCCUGGAACAUGUGGACUACCUGUAUGAUGAUAACUUCCCCAUGGACAUCCGCCAGGGUCUGUCCAGCUGGAUCGAGUCUCAGGAUUGGGAGAUCGCAGCUAACGACGAGUCAAUGGCGGCGGUGCUGUUCACCAACCUACUGUCCCAGUUGGAUAGGGUGCGCUUACAGGAGCAGAACUUCCUACAAAGACACAACAUGAAAAUCAUUCAACAGCAGCUACAGGUGAAAUACGCAACAAACCCUGCUGUCAUGGCCAGGGUUAUCUCCACGUGCCUCAGGGAAGAGCGCCGGAUCCUCUCCAGCGCCUGCAUGCAGGAACAGGGUCCAUUGGAGAAAUCAUUGCAGAAUUCUGUGGCCUUUGAGAGGCAGAAGAACAUGGACAACAGAGUUGGGCUCAUCAGGGCCAGCGUGCAGUUGAUGGACCAGGCUGUGAAAUACAUCGAGGACAUACAGGAUGACUUUGAUUUCCGCUACAAGACCCUACAGUCUCGAGAAUCAACAGAUCCUCGACCGAACUCUGAGACGAUGAAACAGGAAGUAACAAGACUGCAGGAAAUGCUAAACAGGCUCGACUUUAAAAGGAAGGAGAUCUUGUCAAAGAUGGAUGUUGUGAUCAAGGAUAUCGAUGACCUGAUGACGUCCCAGCUCAACCCUGAGCUGCAGGACUGGAAGCGCCGGCAGCAGAUCGCCGCCAUCGGCGGGCCGCUGCUCACCGGCCUGGACCAGCUGCAGAGUUGGUUUACUCUGACGGCCCAGAGUCUCUUCCAGAUCAAGCGUCAGCUGGACAAACUGGUGGAGCUGGUUGUUAAGGUCACCUACGAAAGUGACCCAAUCCCCCUGCAAAGACCUCAGAUGGAAGAGCGAAUAAAAUACCUCAUCUAUCACCUCAUCAAGAGCUCGUUUGUGGUGGAGAAGCAGCCAUGCAUGCCCACGCAUCCACAGAAACCCCUCAUCAUCAAGACCGGAGUACAGUUUACCACCAAAGUCAGACUCUUGGUUAAACUUCCAGAAGUGGAUUAUCAGCUGAAAGUGAAAACAACAUUUGACAAGGACCUCCCCCCUGGCAGAGUAAGUCGUCAGUUUUUCAUCCUGACCAACAACACUAAAGUGAUGGACAUUGAGGACUACUCAAAUGGCUGCCUCUCAGUGGAGUUUAGACACCUGCAGCUGAAAGAGAAGAAAUAUAUCAACGGCACAAAGGGGAACGAGGGUCUCCUCUCGGUGACAGAGGAACUUCACUAUCUCAGUUUUGAGGCUUGCUUCACAGUGCAGGGCCUCACCAUUGAUCUGGAGACGUGUUCCCUGCCACUGGUGGUCAUUUCCAACGUGAGCCAGCUGCCUGGAGGCUGGGCGUCGGUCAUGUGGUAUAACCUUCUGACUGAUGAGCCCAGGAACUUGGCGUUCUUUGGGAACCCCCCUCGGGCCACCUGGAGCCAGCUCUCUGAGGUCCUCAGCUGGCAGUUCUCCACCUUUGCUGGCCAAGGCCUCAACCGGGAGCAGCUCACCAUGCUGGGGGAAAAGCUCCUCGGUCAGCAUGCCUCCUGUAGUGAAUAUCAAGUGUCCUGGUCUAAGUUCUCAAAGGAGAAUAUUCCAGGAAAGCCCUUCGGUUUCUGGAUGUGGCUGGACUCCAUCCUGGAGCUCAUCAAGAAGCAUUUGCUGCCGGUCUGGAAUGAGAACUUCAUCAUGGGCUUUGUGAGUAAAGAGAUGGAGCGCUGUCUGCUGAAGGACAGACGGCCGGGCACAUUCCUCUUACGCUUCAGUGAGAGCCACCUCGGAGGAAUCACUUUCACCUGGGUGGAGCACAACGACAAUGGAGAAGUGAAGUUCAACUCUGUGGAGCCUUACACUAAAAACCGGCUUAGCGCUCUCCCAUUUGCAGACAUCAUACGAGACUACAAAGUGAUCUCAGACGGGGUUGUCCCAGAGAACCCGCUCAAGUUCCUCUACCCCGACAUCCCCAAAGAUGAAGCCUUUGGACGGCUUUACAACAGCCAGCCAAGCAAAGUCCAUCCAUACAUAGCAUCUACCCUGAUCCCCAUCUCGGAAUUGCGCUCUCAUGCAAGCACCACACCACUUUCCUGUCAGUCUCCUGAGCCGCCCAUGACUCCUGGGGAGUUUAACAUGCUCAACGAGCACCUAUGCUUUGACAUUGACACCAUGAGCUCUUCAUAUUCAGAGUAAAGCGAGAUAUA